UCCACUGUCGGGCCAGUGCGAGCCAGGGCUUAAAGCGGGCCGGGCGGGGCUCAAAGCCUCGGGCCAGUAGCACCAAGGUCAAAAUAGCGCCGCGUUUCCACAGGCAGGGCUUGAAGCACACUGCGCGUCACUAAAACACGCCCUUUACACGCCUCUCAUGAACAACGUCACAAAAUCCCUCCCCUUUCAGCGGGAAGAAUGAGUUAUUCUGAAAGGGCACUAUAGUGUGACUAUCGAACGAGCAAAAUGGAGAGAACCGAAGCGGUUGUUUGUUUGCUCCUUUUGGUGUUUUCUUGGUGGAAGAUGAGACGGCGAAGCCAAGAUAUGAAGAUAGAAGCUCAGCGGCGUUUACGUCGGAAGCUUAUGUUAGCUGCAAGGCGAAAAAGAGAGAUUUUGCGACGUGCAAACCGGAUGCAGCGAAAGCAGAAACGCAUACAAUUGAUGGAAAUGAUGAUGCAUUACUACUACACCAAUAUAAUGCGUACCUCAGCGGUGUGGACCUAUCCCCGAACUAGUGACUGGUGGGAGAACACUGCUCAAAGAUUCACAGAUGAGCAGUGGCAGGAGGACUUCAGAGUUUCAAGAGAAACAUUCAAAUACAUUUGUACAACUCUGAAGCCUGCACUACAGCAACAAGACACGUCAUACAGAUUAUGCAUUCCUCUGGAGAAACGGGUAGCCAUUGCUUUGUAUAAACUUGCUACAACCACUGAGUACAGGACAGUCGCUAACCUGUUUGCUGUUAGUCGGACCUCUGUUUGCCGCUGUGUGCAUGCCUUUUGCAAGGCUGUGAUUGAAAUACUUCGACCAAAAUUGAUCAAAACACCUGAUCAAGCCCAACUGUCUGGGAUGGCAGAUUAUUUUGAGGAGAGGUUUGGAAUUCCACAGUGUGUGGGUGCUAUUGAUGGUUCUCACAUCCCUAUUUUGAAACCUUCACAAUACCAAUCUGAUUUUCACAACAGAAAAGGCUGGCACUCCAUCAUUUUACAAGCAGUUGUAGAUGGUAAAGGUAUGUUCUGGGACCUGAAUGUUGGACAGCCAGGAAGGGAACAUGAUGCUAGCGUCCUCAAAAAGUCACGCCUUUGGGCUUGGGCCACAGACAGUAAUCCUUUCUCUGGCAGAGUAAAAAAUAUUUGUGGAACUGAUGUAGGCUACUUUAUUCUUGGUGACUCUGCUUACCCAUUGCAGAAAUGGUUGUUAAAACCAUAUCCUGACACUGGCCGGCUUACAGAGGGUCAAGAACUAUAUAACAUGAGAACAAGUCGAGCCCGCUGUGUGGUUGAGCAUGCAUUCGGAAGGUUGAAAGGACGGUGGAAGUGUCUCAGUAAAAGGAACGACUGCAAUGUAAAUGUUGUUGUUGAUAUGGUAGAGACAUGUUGUACACUGCAUAACCUAUGUGAAUUAUACAUGGAUAGAUUUGUGCCAGAGUGGGGUGGUGGCCGUGAAGAAGAUGCUGAACGCCAACCUUGUAAUGUUGGUGAUGUCCGUUCUGAUGUCAGAAGUGCUCUGCAACAGUUGUUUAUUCAACAGCAAUAAUUAUAAGAUGCCAUUGCAUUGUGUGUGCUACAAAUAAAUCAAUUGAAAAGGAGAUUUGUUUUCUGUUUUAAUGACCUACACACAAAUCUUUCAUCCAAAUUGGUAUUACAUCAAACAAAUUGCUUUCAAAAUAACACACUAUGUUGACUUCUUAACUACGUAGUUGUAUUUGUAGUAUAAAUAUCUAUGUCUUUAUUUAGGUACAGAUGUGUGAAACCAUUAUUAAGUGUU